AUGGCUCCAGAGCUAGAGGUAGCCAUAGUCAAAGCCACCAGUCACGACGAUGAUCCCGCUAGUGAAAAAUACAUCCGAGAGAUCAUACAGCUCACAUCCUUCUCACGUGGCUAUGUCAGUGCCUGUGUUCACUCACUAUCAAAACGAUUAAGCAAGACUCGUGAUUGGAUCGUAGCACUCAAAUGCUUAGUUCUCAUCCACCGAUUGUUAAACGAUGGCGACAUGGUUUUUCAACAGGAAAUCAUGUACGCAACCAGAAAAGGAACACGGUUGCUUAACAUGGCAGAUUUCCGCGAUGAAGCUCAUUCAAAUUCAUGGGGAUCACUCCACUUUCAACCUGACAAAUUCAGAGAAGAUCGCUGGAAUUCCCCACCAUCACGUGGCUACAAUGACUUCGAAUCCCCUGGAUAUGGUGGAAACAUGAGAAGGUCAAGAUCUUCAGGAGAUGUUCGAGAGGGGGAUAAAAAAUCCAUAACCCCAUUAAGAGAAAUGGAACCCGAAAGAAUCUUUGGAAAAAUGGAUCAUUUACAGAGGCUAUUGGAUCGGAUCCUGUCAUGUCGACCCACGGGUCUUGCAAGAAACAGUAGAAUGGGUUUUACAAUUGGUGUAAAGACAUGGGUAUUGCAAGAUCUUCAGAUUAUCCAGAAGUUCAAAGAAUAA